AUGGGUCUUCUCACAUUGAACGAAGGUAUGCAAACACCGAGAUAAAGGCUAUUUGACACCAGGCUGAUAAAUUUUAGAUCGGCCAACACCACCAUGUGUUUAUAAUGUAUGUAUCGACCUCUGAAUAGAAUGAGCUUUCUAGGAUCAAACUCCCAAACCUAUCCGCGAACGCCAUGAACAAGGCUAAUAGAGAUUCAGGCUCGAGUUUAUACCUGUGCUGCCGUGUAAGUUAAUAUCUGAAAUCAAAAUAACGAUAAGUGCUGACCAUGUCAAAGUGCGUCGUUCUGCGCCGUUAUGAUCGGUUAUGAUUCGGCAUUCAUAGGAGGAACACUUGCUCUAAGCAGCUUCAAAAAUGAAUUCAAUUGGUUACAAUACAGCAAGACUGAGGCAAAUUUGAUCACAGAAAAUAUUGUGUCCCUCUACCAAGUCGGUGCAUUUUUCGGUGCAUUUUUCGCUUAUGCUGCAGGCCACUAUCUCGGUCGAAAGAAGGGUCUCCAGAUAUUCUCUGGUGUUUUCAUCCUUGGGGCUGGCCUCAUGCUUGGCGCAAACGGUGACAGAGGACUUGGAUUGAUUUAUGGAGGUAGAGUCUUGGCUGGAAUUGGUGUAGGAGCUGCAUCUAACUUGACCCCAAUUUACAUUUCUGAGUUGGCACCGCCUGCAAUUCGAGGGAGACUUGUUGGGCUUUACGAACUGGGAUGGCAGGUGGGAGGUGUGGUGGGUUUUUGGAUCAACGUAAGCGAACAGCUUCAUCGAUUGUGAUAAAUCGGGAAUCUACUAACUCCAAACAGUACGGCGUCUCAGUAACCAUGGAAGAGAGCCAUUCCCAAUGGAUUAUUCCUUUCGCCGUUCAAAUAAUUCCGGCGGGAAUCAUGUUUGUAGGACUCUUCUUCAUUAGGGAAUCUCCUCGCUGGUUGAUGACCCGUGGGAAUCGUCAAGAGGGACUGGAGAACCUCUGCUGGAUUAGAAAGCUACACACGGAUGACAUGUAUAUGCUCGAAGAGGUGUCUGCGAUCGAUGCUGCUCUUGAAGCUCAACGUUCUAGUGUUGGUCUUGGUUUCUGGCAACCGUUCAAGACACUUUACAACGAUCGAAAAGUUGCUUAUAGAUUCUUCCUUGGAUGCUCUCUGUUCUUCUGGCAGAACACUUCUGGUAUCAACGCAAUUAACUAUUACUCACCUACAGUUUUCAGAAGUAUUGGCGUCACUGGGAGCAACACAGGUCUUCUCACCACUGGCGUUUUUGGUAUUGUCAAGGCAGUCAUGACACUUGUCUGGUUAUUCUUCCUCAUCGACAAUUUGGGCAGAAGAAACCUGCUCAUGAUUGGCGCUCUGGGUGGAGCCAUCUGUCUUUAUUACGUUGGUGGAUAUAUAGCUAUUGCAGAUCCUGAGAACAAUCCUACCGUGGAUGGAAAGUUAUCUAGUGGUGGGAUUUCUGCUAUGGCCUUCUUUUAUCUUUGGACGAUGUUCUACACUCCAUCAUGGAACGGCACCCCCUGGGUUUACAAUUCGGAGAUGUUCCCCCAAAACGUCCGCACCCUUGGACAAGCUUUUGCGGCUGCAUCCAAUUGGCUUUUCAAUGUAAAUGGGAUCCUUAACUUCCAUAAUCCAAAAGCUAACACUCAUAGUUUCUUAUCGCGCGUUUUACUGAGCAGAUGUUUACGAAGAUGAAGUUUGGUGUAUACUUCUUCUUCGCUUCUCUGAUGUUAUGCUCUAUCGUCUUCGUCUUCUUUUUAUUGCCCGAGACAAAGGGAAUUCCGCUCGAAAGCAUGGAUAGACUUUUCAGUAAGGAACUCGUAUCACGCCACGCUCAUUCUAUUGUCAUGAAGGAAUUGAGUGAGGAUGAGGAGCAAUUCCGUACGAAUAUAAAGGGCAGUGGUUUAACGCUGGACAAAGAUGAGACGGGAGAGAAUAAGCAGCAUAUCGAGAAAGUCUAG